AUGUCAAACAGCAGCAUAUACUACCCCUUUCCACCCUACGACCUUGUACCCGAACCUGUCACUUUCCCCAUCUACUAUGCCCCGCGCCCCUCAGUCAUCCCAGGCGUAUCAGACGCCCAUCUCUCCCUCGCAGCUCCAGUACUUACAUACUGGGGCUACUCCCUCAUCUUUCACAUCUUCGACACCUAUCCAGAAUACUUCCCGUGGCUCGACAAGUAUAGGAUCCACGACAGCGAAGAGAUGAAGUCACGCAACCUUGUCACAAAGUGGCAGGUCCUUCGUGCUGUCGUCUUCCAACACGCGAUACAAACUCUGCUCGGACUGUGGUGGAUGGAGGAGGUGAAAGAGAGCACAAACCAUGCUGCUGCUAUGCGCCAACUCGCACCGUGGGUCGUCAGUCUCUCAAACCUGAUUCUGGGACCGCGCAUCGCCCGUACGCUCCUGCAGCAGUACGGCACGAGCAUCGUCGAGUUCGUGUACUGGUGGGCAAUCCCCACCAUACAGCUCCUAUUUGCAACCUUCCUCGUCGACACAUGGCAAUAUUUCUGGCAUCGCGCGUUCCACAUGAACAAGUUCCUAUAUCGGCAAUUCCACUCACACCACCACCGAUUGUACGUUCCUUACGCCUUUGGCGCGUUAUACAACCACCCGCUUGAGGGUUUCGUGCUCGACAGCGUCGGAACGGUCAUCGCCGAGGCCGUCUCGGGGAUGAAUGUCCGCCAAGCGACGGUGCUCUUCAUGCUCGCCACGUUCAAGACAGUGGACGAUCACUGUGGAUACGCUAUCCCGUGGGACCCGUUCCAGCUACUGUUCGGGAACAACGCGGACUACCAUGAUAUCCACCACCAGCAGGCAGGCAUCAAGCGCAAUUUCUCACAGCCGUUUUUCACCCACUGGGACUACAUCCUCGGCACCCGGCUGACAAGAAAAGACUUUGAGGCAAGCAAGAACAAGGGGAAGGCAGCGCAGGAGCAGAAAAAGCUCAAGGAAGUCUGAGCGCAUCCUGUAUGCUUCUCUCUGGCUUGGGUUGUGGGAGGAAGGUGGGGUGCAUGCGGUUCGUUCGUUCGUUAUGCUGGAUGGCGGUGUGGAUUGGCUCGUCCUGUUUUCCGUUUGACCGCCAUUUGGACACUCGCGGCUCACUCUCUUUGUAUGGAUAUACUAAUGCGUAAUACUGUAGACUCUUGCUACUAGUCCUGACAUGGCCAGAUUGUGUCAUACCCGUUGAAUCUAUGUCACUGCAGAAAUGAAUUGACCACACCUCAUUCUGAAUCGUUACAUCCUGAACCGGAGAUACGCCAUCAGCAAAGCACAGCAGCCUGUCGCAACAGUUACAAGAUACUGCAAUGUAUUUUGCUUGGACGUCUCGAUUGCCGUCCUCAAGCCAGCGAUCUCACUCUCAAUCCUCGUAUCCACCUCCCGAACCUUCUGUUCCUGUGCACUCAUCUCAUCCCUUAGUCUCCCCUUUUCCAAAUUCAGGUCCAGCCUCACACCAGCCUGCGUGCGGGCGAUCUCCUCCCUCAGCCUCUGCUUAAGCCGCUCGACCUCGCCCGUGAGCCUAUCGUUGUCCGCCUUCAUAAUGGCCAGGUCGUUCUUCUCCAUCAGCUGCAUCUCAGACUUCAGCUGUGCGAAAUCCACUUUCUGCGUAUACAAGUACUUCUCCUGCUCAGGCUUCGUGACCAUGUUCUCCAUCAUAUUCCUAAUGCUCUCAUCCACCACGUCGGCCAUAGCACCCAUCACGCCUUCGGCUUGGAUUCGGGUCAGUCCCUCCUUCUCGAGCCGCUCGACAAACCGGUGCGUGUCGAAGUUGGCAUUAUGAGGCGAGGG